AUGAGCAGUCAACCUUAUGUACCUGAUCAAGACCCGAACCAUCCUCGAUGGCUUCUAGAUCUUGAAAACUGGACGGUCUUUCCGUACGAAGAUGUUAAAGACCUAAUUGAACGCGAAGGAUACGGCAUUGUUUCAUACACAUGGGGUAAAUGGGCAGAUUUUGAUGUACCAGUUGAGAAUGCACCCGAAUACCAUGCCAAUGGAGAGAUAACAGAACUGCCUUGGAAGAUUCCCACAGUGGAAGGGCUUAGGUUAUCCCACGUGUGCAAAGUCUUGCAAAAAUGCCUGAGAACGCGAUUUAUCUGGUGGGACUGGAUGUGUGUUCCUCAGGGACAGCGGAACAAGGUUAUCACAUUGCCAGAAAGCCUCAACCGAGUGAAAGGCCAAGAGGUUGCAAAGCAAUUGAAAAUCUAUCAGAAAGCCACCGAGGGCUUUGUUUGGUUACAUUGCACGACAUGGAGCGAUGGUGAUUCGCUUAGAUUACAAACAUUCUUGAGGGCAGGCUUCGCGCAUGAGACUUUCGAGGACACUCUGAAUGAUAUCCAUAUAUACCUUCAGUAUAUCCAGGAGUCAGAGCCGUGGCUUACCUCUGGAUGGACACUACAAGAAGGAGUGUUGCUACAACAGUCAAUCCUGAGGGAUUACCACGGCGAAGGUCUUCCUAGAGAUUUCAUAUUCCCAGCGCAGACUUAUAGCGGAAGUCAAAAACUCUUAAAUUAUUCGCCUGAAAACUCUCACCAGAGCUACGUUAUGGUGGACCAACUGUCACUUCCCGCUACAGGCCUUGCGGAUGAUAUCGCUAGCGCGUUCUUCAGGUAUAGCGAAGGCUGGACUUCCUCUCGGGACAUGCCCCAAGGAGUGUCUGAAAAAGUGAAACAAGCGAUCGAUUAUCUCGGUCCGAGCGAUGAACGUUCUCGAGGGAAGUAUGUGUAUACGUCUGAACUUUUAACCGACUUGAUACGCUCUGGGCUAGUUUGCUACUGGCCGGGACAGCCGACGGCACUCUAUCUACUGUCAGGCGUAGCGAGCAGGAGGUUUGGAAUGGAAGAAGACAAAUGCUGGGCUCUUCUAGGUGCGCUGGAUCUCACUCUGGAAGACAAUAAGGACCCCGUGUACAACUACGACCCCGAUACAACCCCUCAGCAGCAAGAAAAGCAUCUACGAGAGGUGAAGAAUGAUUUUUUCAAGCCUUUGCUGAAGGUGUAUCAGUGGGAACUCUUUCUUGUACCCAAGGUUGAGGACCCCAAUUAUCCACAUUUGUCAUGGCCUGAAAGGGUCGUCCACGGUGGAGUCUUGCCCCUGAGCCUUUUCUUCGCCAGUGACAUCUACGAAGAUUUACCGAGGCUGGAAUAUAGUGCUACGACAGAUGAGAUUAUCUGCAGCUCAAGUUCAUCGGGAUGCACAGCAAACUCCGAGUCCGGGCUGUCUGAAGAUAGAAAAUAUGUUCAGCUGAAGGAAGAUGUGUUUAUCAGGCGGUACAGGCAAAGGAAAUUGGAUCCUAGUGAGCCUCGUAGCCCUCGUGGCUUUAUAGAGGUGGACAAAAUCAAAUGUGAGAGGACAGGAAGACCCAAAAUAUACCUCCCAGUGAUGAAAAUCCCGGUUCCUGAUGCCUCACACCUGGAUCUUGGAGGAAAGUGGGAAAAGGUGAAGGAGGGCAAGCGAUGUGUUGAGUUCGAACUUGCUCAUGGGGGUGCAGCUUCUGGAUAUUUUGAAGGCAUAGUGGAUAUCUGGGGACCUUCAAGUGCGUUCGAGAAGAUCAAGUACGAGAAGCUCAAGUUUGGGAUCAAAUCGCAGCCUUCCAUAAAGGAAACUGGGUGGUGUGUGAUGUCAUAG